AUGUCCGACAAGCCCAACGCCUUCACGCCCACGGCGGCGCUGCUGUCCACCAGCAUCGUCGCCUUCCUCAGCGGCUUCAUGCUGGGCAUCUACUCGAUCCGCGGCUACCUGAUCCCGCCCUCCAUGUCCGAGGAGCGCCGCCGCAACCUGACCGACCCCGUCGAGAGCGACGAGUCCGACGUCGACGUCGACGACAGCCUGCUCGACCACGCCCCCAACUGGGCCAACAGCACCGACGCCGACAAGCGCGACGGCCUGAAGCAGAACCGGCCCAAGAAGGCCAAGGCCGCCAGCGCCGUCGACCCCUCGACCAGCGCGCUCGCCGCCGCCAGCCCCAACGAGGAGUGCAAGCUGGUGCUGGUCGUGCGGACGGACCUGGGCAUGACCAAAGGCAAGAUCGCGGCGCAGUGCUCGCACGCCACCCUGGCGUGCUACAAGUCGCUGGCGCGGCAGCCGGCGACGUCGGCCGCGGGCCAGGUGCUGAAGCGGUGGGAGCGGCUGGGGCAGGCCAAGAUCGCGGUGCAGACCAAGUCGCAGCAGGAGCUGCUGGACCUGAUGGGGCGGGCGCGCGCCCUGGGCCUGACGGCCGAGGUCAUCCAGGACGCCGGCCGCACGCAGAUCGAGGCCGGCAGCAUGACGGUGCUGGGCGUCGGCCCCGCGCCCAAGAGCCUGGUCGACCAGGUCACCGGCGGCCUGAAGCUCUUAUAUCCUCGCCCCCUUCUCCAGGGCGUACCGAGCGACAUACGCUGCACUACUCUACAAUCGGUCUUCGGCGGCACCUUGGACGGGUACGAGUGGAUUAGUAUGGCAGUGUUCAUCGCCGGUCAUGCGUGGACUAGAGGGGAAGGUGCAUAUGUCAUCAUCGCCAUGCGCAACUCCCAUGCACAUGGUAGCGAGGUUGGCACAGAGAACACGGCGGCAUUUUGUGGUAUAGACGGCGUUUCGGAAAGCGAAAAGGCAUAUGAUUUGCGGCGAGGCGUCAUUACGAAAUGUACAACCACCACUUAG